CCUGCCCCCCAGGCUCCCGCGCCGUCGUGCCGUCCCCACACACACGCUCUCCCUCUCGCUCCUUUACUCUCACUCUCGUUGACUCCACACCCGCCGGCCGCCAGCUUCCUCCCUCUCCCCAGGUUUUUAUGUUUUGUGCUAAGAAACUUGAAAACUCUUUAUGCCAAGGUAGCAAAGAUUUUUCUUCUCUAUGGUUUUUUUUCGUUUAUAGUUUUAGCUUUAAAUUUCAGCCUAUGAUCCAUUCAUAGUUAAAAUUGGGGUGUGUCAAAAUAUCACUUUCUAGACGAGGAUGGGCAAAGUAGAAAGAGCCCCGAAGGAUUCGGAGGUACCGAAGAAAACGUUUCUGGAGCCAUAACAGGAGCAGGAGGGGCCCGUGGUAUCAGAUGCUUAGAAAUGGUUUGAUUAAGGCUGGAAAGGACUAUGGCAGUUUAUUGCGUGUCCACUGCGGCAAGCACGUCAGUUUGCAAGUGGAAGCUUGCUCAGAGGGACUCAUUUGGCAGGUCGCUUGGCAUGCAAGGUCUUGGUUCGCAGCAAGGCACCGUAACCAAAGCUCCCCGGCCUGAGCCCAAUUGCGGGCGCGGCUCGCCGGACUACACGCCCCAGGAUGCAUCGGGGCCAGCUCCCCAUUGGAGGAAGCGGCGGCGGUGGCGGCGCGCCGACCGGAAGACCCGCCUACACCCCGAGUCUCGGAGAAGACGUUCCUUCCUCCGGCGGCGCUAUGCGUCCGGACCAGGCCUCGCUUUGGUACCGGCGCAUGUCCUCUGUUUACGCUUUGGGCACCUGGACCCUGUUGGGCGCCUUGAUUCUCUCCGGCCGCAAAAAGAGCAAACCAUUAGGUGAUGAAGUAGAACAAAAAGAUGUCUCAACAUAUGAAAGCCCUGAGUCAGGUGACGAGUUAGACCUAAGGAAGGAAAUAACUGAGCCCCCGAAAGGGUUUUAUGUGGAAACGAUUGUCACAUAUAAAGAAGAUUUUGUUCCAAUGACUGACAAGAUCCUCAACUGUUGGAAAUCAUGGACUGGUGGCCCUGGACCAGAAUCAUGAUUGACUGCUGGAUUCCGAAAACCAGGACUUUGUUUCAGCAUGACCAGAACAGGUAUGGAUUAAAUCCCAACUGUGACUACCAAUAUUCUAGACACGGAGUACAAAGUUGGGACAACGUGGUUCCUGUCCGAGAGUGCCGCACUGGUCUCUUGAUUGCAAGUAACAAGUGGGCUUAACUCAAGGGAUAUUUAUCAAAAAUUGUGUUUGGAUACCUCAGAAUUAAAGCAAAUUAUGUUGUAGGCCUUGGAAGUCCUGGCACCAUGAACUGGAAUGCAGCCAGCCACUCAUUGAACCUGCCUGCCUCUGGCUAAAAUAAAUUCUAAUAAAUUCUUUUUGUUUUGAUUUUAGAGAGAGGAAGGGAGAGAAAGAGAAGAAAACAUUGAUUUGUUGUUCCACUUUUUUAAAGGAAAUAUAUUUUAAUGAUUUUUUACAG